GAGGCGGGGGGACCUCGGCGGGGAAGGCGGCGGCUUCGCAGAGCGCAGUCGAGACGAGAGGGCGAGCAAAGCGGCGGUGGCGGCAGCAGCUCCGUCCGCGCUGGGAGUUUGGGCAGCCCCCGCGGGCAUCUCUGGGUAGGGGCGGCCGAGCCAGCCGCCGAGGGCGCCUCUCUCGCCGCGUGGUGCUCCCCUGCCUGCCAUCCCCGCCCUCGUUGGGAGCCCAACUCCUCGCAGGCACCCCCGGGACUGCUCCUGCUCGCGCUGCGCGCUGUCCUGCUGCUGCUGGCUCGGGCUCUCCUCCUGCUCCGUGCCGGGGGCCUCGCAAGAGCCGAGAGGAGCUGCUCUGCUGCUGCCGAGAGGCGCAGAGCUCCGGCAGGAAGCAAGCCGGCAUCGGUCUCGGCCCUUCUCCAGUCGGAACAGCAGCAGCCUCCCGGUCCUGCUCAGCAUGGCUGCUGGCCCCCUCCGCCUCAGUCUCCUUGCCACUGUGGUUCUGAGCGUGGAUGUCUCCGUAGUCAGCAGCUGGUGGAACCUUGUUCCUAGGAAGACAGUUGCCUACAAUGAACUCAAAGAAGUGGCAAAGCGCUUCUCGGUGGCAGGUGUGUCCAACUACACAACGUUGACAUUGGAUGACACUGGAGGGUUACUCUAUGUGGGUGCCCGGGAAGCCAUUUUUGCCCUCCGCACCAACAGCAUGGAAUUAGAGGAUGAGAUUCGCUGGGAGGCCCCGGCAGAGAAUAAAGCAGAAUGUAUCCAGAAGGGCAAAAGCAACCAGACCGACUGCUUCAACUACAUUCGCUUCCUCCAGGCCUACAACAGCUCUCACCUGUAUACCUGCGGUACUUACGCCUUCCAGCCCAAAUGUGCCUACAUUGACAUGGCUACUUUCUCCCUUGACAGGACGACCUUAGAAGAGGGGAGAGGGAAGUGUCCUUAUGACCCAGCCAAGGGACACACGGGCCUCAUUGUGGAUGGAGAACUCUAUUCAGCAACGCUCAACAACUUCUUGGGCACGGAGUCUGUGAUCCUGCGCAACUUGGGCCUCCAUUAUUCUGUCAAGACGGAGCAUCUGGCCACUUGGCUCAAUGAACCCCACUUUGUGGGCUCGGCGUAUGUCCAGGAGAGCAAAGGCAGCGAGAACGGGGAUGACAGCAAAGUGUACUUCUUCUUCAGCGAGCGGGCCGUGGAGUACGACUGCGACACGGAGCAAGUGGUGGCGCGCGUGGCCAGGAUCUGCAAGGGGGACAUGGGUGGUGCCCGCACGUUACAGAAGAGAUGGACGACGUUCCUCAAGGCCCGGCUGGUGUGCUCCAUCCCUGAGCAGCAGCUGCAUUUCAACCGGCUGCAAGGGACCUUCACGCUGAAUGGAGACCACUGGCGCAAUACCAGCUUCUUUGGGGUCUUCCAGGCACGCUGGGGAGACGUGGACGUUUCGGCCGUCUGCCGGUUCCAGAUUGAGGAUGUGCAGAAAGUGUUUGAAGGCCCUUACAAAGAAUACAAGGAACAAUCCCAGAAGUGGGGUCGGUUCGCGGAGCAGGUGCCCUUUCCCCGUCCCGGGGCGUGCAUCACAAACUCGCUCCGGCGUAACGGCUUCGCCAGCUCCUUGGAGCUGCCCGACAACACCCUCAACUUUGCCAAGAAGCACCCGCUGAUGGACGAGGUGGUGCUGCCACAAGGCAACCGGCCCCUCCUGGUCAAGAAGGAUGCCAACUUCACCCAGCUGGUGGUGGAGCAGGUGCACGGCCUCGAUGGCAAACCCUACGAAGUCCUCUACGUUGGGACAGAUAACGGCUGGCUACACAAAGCAGUUGUCCUGCCCACCGGCAUCCAUCUCAUUGAAGAGCUGCAGAUUUUUGACCAAGCCCAGCCUGUCAAAAGCCUGGUCUUAUCCCCACAGAAGAGAGUGCUGUUUGCCGGCUCCAGUUCCCAUGUCCUCCAGCUUCCUGUGGCCGACUGCAGCAAGUACCGCUCCUGUGCUGACUGCAUCUUGGCCAAGGACCCCUACUGUGCUUGGAGCAGGAAUGGAAGCCGCUGCGUCCGCAUCGAUACCUACGAUGGGUCCUCGAUGCUGUUCCAGGAUUUGGGGCUCGAGCCAGCAAUAUGCAAUCCUAUGCGUGCCUUCAGACCAGGCUCCAAGGUCAUUGCCAAGAACAUCACCGUGAUGGUGGGCACAGACCUGGUGCUGCCUUGCCGCCUGACCUCCAACCUGGCCAAGGCCCGCUGGAUCUUCAACGGGCAGGAUCUGCCCGAAAAGCAGGCCUCGGUCCUGAACGACGCCCACCUCCAGGCGCUGGUCAUCCUGGGGGCCAGUCCGAGGCACGCCGGGGCUUACAGGUGUGUCCAGGUGGAGGAGCGGAACGAGCUGAUGGCCGAGGGCUACGUGGUGACCGUCGUCUCCAACCCAGCCAUGUCGCUGGAAGCCCGGGCCCCGCUGGAGACCCUGGGCCUGGUGUGGAUGGUGGUGAUCGCCCUGGCGGCCGUGUGCUUGGUGCUCCUGCUGGUGGUCCUGUCCUUGCGGCGGCGCCUGAAGGAGGAGCUGGAGAAGGGCUCCAAGGUGAUCGAGAGCACCCUGGUCUACCCCAUUGAGCUGCCCAAGGAGUCCAAGAGCCCCACCUUCAUCCCCAGCACCACCUCCGACUCCGACGAGAAGCUCUGGGACCCGGCCAGCUACUACUACUCCGACGGCUCCCUCAAGAUCGUCCCGGGCCACGCCGUCUGCCAGAACGGGGGCACCGCCUCCUCGCCCACCGCCAACGGCAUCCCCGGCCAGCCCCUCCAGUCGCCGCCCCUCCAUUCGCCCAACCGCAUCAACCUGGGCAACAUCCGCGGCUCUUCUUCCAACGGCUACAUCCGCCUCAACCUGGGCACCGAGGAGCGGCCGGACUACAGCGACCUCGCGGACGAGCUGCGCCGCAAGCUCAAACAGAGGCAAGCGUUGCCGGACUCGAACCCGGAGGAAUCCUCCGUAUGAGCUGGCCCAUGGACCUGCAGGACGACACAACUACCUCAUCAGCCAGGCCGGGACCAGAGUCCUGGCUGGGACCACCGCCACUACUACUAUUUUUAAAAUCCUAUUUAAGGACUUGCUUCGGACACUUUUUUUCUAACACCCCCCCCCCAUUUUUAUACGCCUCCAAGGUUCCCUCCCGUGCCCCGUGCUCUUUCUGUGGUGUUCAGUGUUUCUCCGCUGCGCCCAGGACCUUGUGGGGAAGAUGUUCAGCCAUCCUUUGCCUUGGAUGGUGGAUCUGAGGGAAGGACUCUGAGGCUCAGUCCGGGCCUAUAUAUCUCGCCUGUGACCAACGGCGGUGCUGAGAGACUGUUGGGAAAGAUGGGCAGAGCCGGGUUCCCAGGGCCAGGCCGCCAGGGGCGCCAUCUUGUUCUGUUUAUCCCCCGGCCCUUUCCUGUACUGACUCAUAACUACUGGCCAUAUGCAAUAGUUGGGCCAAGGCUGGUUUCCCCCCCGGAAAGAAACGUUGACGGUUAGGAACACGGCGCGGUAGAAAUUCCCCCUCCGGCUCCUGAGGGGAAGCUGCAAAGCCGGCCUGCUCUUGUGGAGCUGAGCCCGUGAGUGGCAGCCAUGUUGUCCGGAGGGGCAGCCCUAGGAGGGUGAGGGGGAGAGUCCUUUGGCAAUAAGUGGGCUGACGGCUGCCUCCUCUUGUGGGAAAGGGGCCUCAUCCUGGAAUGGAGAUGUUUGUAUGUGGAUGUGCAGGAGUCUGGCGCUUCCAGGAAAGAGGGUGUGCGGGCGGGCAUUGGGUUCGGCCUAAAACAUGUUGGGGACCGAGGUGGGGAAUCCAAACGGCAAACCACUGAUGAACUUGGGGCGCAAUUCACACGGAGGUGCUUCUGCGCGCGGCCUAGUGGCGUGAACGGGAGCGGCUCAAGAAGUCCGUUUCAAUGGGCCUCCUGCAGGAGAACAUUCUGGAUGGUGGUGCCCAGUGGCUCAGGUCUGGCCUAGGGAUGUGCACGGACCGCGGAGGCACGGUCCGACGCCGGGGGUGUGUGUUGCUUUAAGGGGGGGGUUGUACUUGCCCCUCCCGCUGCUUUUGCCCCCUCCAG